AUGGGGAGCUUGUUGGUUGGAAAAAAAGCUGUGGAGGAAGGUUUAAGAUGGAGUAUUGACAAUGGAAAGUCUGUUCAAUUCUGGACUGAUGUUUGGGUCUGCAACCUCCCCCAGUGCAGAAUUCAAAGUAUCCCUCCCCCAAAUUGUAAUUGGAACAAAUUGGCAGACUUUAUCAAUCAAGACACUCAAGCGUGGGAUUUGGGAAGGCUAUCUGUAUGUGUUUCGGCAGAAGAAAUGAAAGCAAUAUCCUUAAUUCCAAUAAACUUGAUGAAGAAAGAGGACAAACGCAUUUGGUCUCAUAAUAAGUCAGGGCAAUACACAGUGAAAUCUGGCUACAAUCAAGAAUAUAAGAACAAUGUCUCAGCAAAUCCAGAACAGGCCUCAACCUCUCAUUCUCCUUCCAAAUCUAUGUGGAAGAAACUUUGGUCUGUCCCCACAAUGCCUAAGACAAGGGCGGUGUGGUUCGGGAGUGGGAAAACAUACUGGACUACGGACCAUGAUACAUCUUCUGCUAUCAAAUGGAUGGAGGAGCUACUUUGUGGCAAUAUGGCUAAGGAAACAACUUUGGAAACCAUGGCUGCCAUCUUUCAGGUGUGUUGGGCCAUUUGGAAGGCUAGGACUGCUUACAUUUUCUCUGCAAAGUAUCCCAAUCCUGUGGAGAUCAUUGAAUUAGCAACAAAGGCGAAUCGUGAUUACUUAUUAGCAAUUUUCAGGAGUCCAAAGGUCAGCCCUCCCCAGCAAAUCUUGGAAAGGAAUUGGUCCCCACCUCCUUCUUCUGUGCUGAAGUUCAAUUGUGACGGAGAGUACAAAUCCUCCUGCAGCCUAGCUGCCUUUGGCGUGAUCGCCAGAGACUAUGGUGGAGUAGCUCAACACUGGAGGUCCGGAAAAACGAUGGCUGCUUCAGCAAUUGCAAUAGAGGCAUGGGCUUUAAGAAUUGCUUGUGGAGCUGCUUUGAAUUUGGGCCUCUUUCAAGUUAUUUUUGAAUCAGAUUGCUUGGAAUUGGUCAAUUGUUUCAAUCAUCCCAAUGUCAGUGGUCCUUGGGACAUUCGAGCUAUGGUUGAAGAUAUCAGAGGCUGGGCUAGUACCAGGAAGUGGUCUUUCUUGUGGUGUCCUAGGAAAAAAAAUAGAGUAGCACAUUGGUUGGCAACAAAUUGUCUCAAUAGGAACUUUGUUUUUUCAGGUUGUAUUCCGCCUGAGCUCCAAUGUCUUCUUGACUUUGAUGUUCCUACUUAA